AUGGCUAUUGUGAAUACAAACUGGAAGAAGGCGAAACGUCUCCCGGCGGUCUUGAAUGGCCAUACGCCAUACUGUAUUGGAAAGGAGCCAGUGGAAAUCCGGAAACUGUGGAUUGAUGAUCUGAACAAAACGAUUUCCUUACCUACUACGACUCCAGCACCGCAAACUAGUAUAAUCACAACACUCCCUCCUGUCCCCACCCCUUCUGAAACCACGACACCGUCA